AUGUCGAAUGAUACAGACACCCAACAAGAGUCGAACAAUAACGGGCGCAAUAAUGAUGAACUCGACUUAACCCUCCCCGUAUUUUGCACCGCUUUCAUACCAGCCGAGCUUCUGAACGAGUACUUCACUGAGGCUUUCGAGGCGAAAGAACUCAAGUACGUAGGAUGCACUCACAUAGCCAUACUGGUGGACACACUUGACAUCACCAAGCUAACGAAACCAACUCAUGCACCUGUAAAGGAAGACAUCGAGUAUCCAUUCCUUGGCUGGAAUUUGGACGACCUGGUCGAAUUCGCCUCCCAAUUGGAUCGCGGCAAGGGGCUCAUCGACACGGAAUUCGUAAUACUCGAUGAACAAACACUUCAAGACAAGACAGUCGUUUUGGUAACACCUCAGGAAAUGUACGAUGGUAUAGGCGAUGCCCCCAGGCUUACCGCUCGUUCUGACGUUCAGUCUUCGUUAAUCACGUUAAACGGUAGAAGCUUGGGCGUAUGGGGCGAUGAACCCUGGGAGUUAGCAGCCGAAAAGAAUGGUGUAAUAAGGUUAUACGACGACGAUACAAAGUCUGCAGAAUGGGGAGUGAACUGA